CAUCUACUUCAAAUUUCACAAAAAAUGGAUCCACCAGAGUUUGAUCUCGAAGCUUACCUUGAAAAAAGCAAGAGAGAAGACACUUAUGUACUCAACCACUUUAGGGAGCGUCGAAAUCUAAUAUUCGAGGAUAACGCACCUCGUGGUAGAAAACAUCUUAGUAGAGAUCAUGCAGGGGCAAACCAAAGGCUAAUUGCCGACUACUUUGCCAAUGAGCCUACAUAUGACGAUGGAAUAUUCCGUCGCCGGUACCGGAUGCAAAAACAUGUGUUCCUUCGAAUCGUUGCGGACCUUUCAAGUAGUGAUAACUACUUCACCCAGCGAGUUGAUGUAGCGAAGAAAGAAGCAGAUGCAGUCGAUGAAUACAUCAAAAUAGGAGAGACUACAACAUUGGAGUGUUUACGUAGAUUCUGUAAAGGAAUCAUACGAUUGUAUGAGCAAGAGUACAUGAGAGCACCAACCCAAGAGGACCUGCAAAGAAUACUACAGGUUAGUGAAAUGCGGGGGUUCCCAGGCAUGAUCGGGAGUAUUGACUGCAUGCACUGGGAGUGGAAAAAUUGUCCUAAAGCAUGGGAAGCUGAUGGUAUCUACCCUUCUUAUCCAACUUUCGUCAAGUCUAUUAGACUUCCUCAAACUGAACCCGAUAAGUGCUUUGCAAAACAUCAGGAGGGAUGUCGGAAGGACAUCGAACGUGCAUUUGGAGUGCUUCAAGCUCGUUUUAAAAUCAUCCGUGAACCAGCUCGCUUCUGGGACAUAACUGAUUUGGGUAUCAUCAUGAGGUCAUGCAUCAUAUUACAUAAUAUGAUUGUUGAGGAUGAACGAGAUUCAUAUGCUCAACGUUGGACCGAUUUUGAGCAAGCUGAGGGAAGUGGAUCUAGUACACCGCAACCAUACUCGACCGAGGUGUUACCCGCUUUUGCGGAUCAUGUGCGUGCUAGAUCCGAGUUCCGUGAUCCAAAUGUCCAUCACCAACUACAAGCAGAUCUAGUGAAGCACAUCUGGGCAAAGUUUGGAAUGUAUGAUGAUUAAAUAUGCUUUGUAUCGUACUAAUUACGUUAUUUGUGUGUUGUGUGUUUAGUUUGUUGUCUUGCAUUUUAAGUUAAGCAAAUAAAAUGUAUUAUUGUGUGCUUAG